GUCAUUCUGGAUUUCCACUUUCGUUUACCAGGAUUUCCCAUGAGAAAAUGCUACUUGUAUCUGAAUAGUCAUUACAACAGUUGCGCAAUAAAAAGUUCACGAUGACAGGCGGCGGACAACUAGUGGGUAUUACAGAAUGUAAUGUCAACUUUUUCCGGCUGAUCUUACUUUUAGUAAACGGUGGUAAAGAUGUAUUGAACAGGUUAUUCAUCACUCGAAUGACACCGAACACAACUGUGGAUAGCUUCCUGCAGAGUUACAGACCCACCCUUACUACUCUGAAGAACAAGAAAAAAAUCUUACCAUCACAAUGGAGUCAAUUGUUUCCUGUGGCAAAACCGGACGAGUGGGACAUCUCCCUUUGGUGCCUGUUGCUAGGCAACAUUUGUGGCAUCUGUCCUCCUAGAGACUGGAAUAGUCAGCCAUCAGCUGCCGACGUUUCCCCGGAAGCAGACCUUGUCAGGCUGCGGCUGUUCCGUAAUAAUAUAUGCCAUGUUGCUGAGGCAGAAUCAGACAAGGUCAAUUUCCAAGCUGUAUGGAAAGAUGUAUCAACUGUUCUUCUCCGUCUUACAGAUCAUGACCAACAAUAUCAAAAGACGUUAGAGAAAACGAUUGAAACGUACAAAGAAGGACCACUUCCAAAUUCCUCCGAUCAAAAGGUCCUGCUUCUGGAAGUGAAAAAAUGGCAAUGCAAAGAAGGUAUGGAAGAGGUCAAUGAUAUAAAAUUAGUGCUUUCUGAAUUCAUGGACAUGGUUGCACAGUUGGAGUCUAAAUUAUUCUUUCCUCUGCUAGACACGUGUGAUAGGAUAGCGAAGAAAAUGGAGGGACUUCCUACUACUGAACAGGUUGACCGGAAGAUGGAAAGGUAUGGCGCCAAAUGGAACUCCAAAAUCACCGGAAUUAUUAAAGAUCUAGAGAAAAUGGUCAAAAGUUGUGGAAGCGAAUUUAAACGUAAUGUGAAGAACAUGUGUCAGGUUGGGAUUACUGCUGAUGCUCGAUACGCUAAUGUGAAAAUCAGACUGGCUUCAAUUUCUAAAUUGAUUAAAGGCUUCAAGAUAAACCAUGUAGACAAUAUGAAGAUCCUUUUUGAGAUGAUGGAAUGUCAAGUCAAAUUAACUCACACAUCGCUGGCCAAUCAGAAAAUAAUGAUGAUUAACCAAAAACAAAUAAGACAACAGCAAAAUGAAGAUCAUUCGGAAACACGUGGAAUGUUGCAGGACAUCAUCGACUAUAUGACAUGUGUCAAGAUUGAAAAAGGUGACACACCAGACAAGGGGAAAGAAAGGCAGAAAAGCUGUGCCGGAGGAGCUUGCAUUGCCAUGAGUUGUGGCCAUCGUUUCGAAAAAGACGACCUGGAUGACUACCUGCAACAUUUACUGCAUCUUGGUCACACUAGCCUGACAUGCUACAAGGAAGCUUGCAGGACAGAAUGGUGUCUUUCUGAGCUACGAACCAAACUCCAGUGGACGGACAAGAAAAACAUGACCUAUGAAGAAACCCUCAAUCGAAACUACUUUGCCAAAGCAGAUAUCAAGGAGUGCCCAUCUUGUCGAUCGUUUUGUACCAGACGAGAUGAAAGGAACAUCCGUGUGCGCUGCAUUCUCUGUCGGAGAUUUGAGUUCUGUUGGGGAUGUGGACAGACAAGAUUCAUAGAUCCUGUGGAAGGAUAGGACGGGUCACCAGUCGUCUUGUCUAAAAGGUGAACGUAAGACACAAAUAGGGGACUGCGGCUCACCUUUAUAAUAGAUGCAGUACGCCAAAACUGAAUUACACUUCACCGUUCCGCUGUUUUUUUCUUUUAGUACCCAUUGGUGAUGCUAGGAGCAUCAAGAUAGAAAAUCAAAGUUUCAUUCAUUGAUUAUGUGUUCUUCAUUCGUUCUAUGCAUCUUUGCAGAAUAUAAAAAUCUUCACCCAACUUGUGAAAUACAAUUGAUGAUCAAGAAAUCCAUUAUCAUCAUAGUGUAUCAUAACAAAAGCAAAAACUAAUAUGGCAAACAAAAUGUAACGGAAAAUGCAGUCUGAAAACGUUUAUCUGAACAGCACCUGGUUACUCGACCAGUUAUUUGAUUAUGAUUUUGAUUAUGAUGCUCACUUAAACCCCACCCUACUUAUUAUAAGAAACAACCAUAUAUUUAUAUGCACUAAGUAUGAUUACAACGGUUACUUGUGCAGUGUAUGUACCCAAUGCAAUUGCCUUUAAUGCAAGUGAAAUCUUUCUUUUAAAUAGAACAAGACCGAGGAAAAGCCUCGCUGCACUUUCGUGGUAACGCGAUACCAAUGGUUAUUCAUAGUGUCUUUCCAAGUAUUCUUUGAUCAUGUGAGGAUUAACAAAAGAAGGUGUAUUGGUGGGUUUAAUGUUUCAACCCAUUAGCUGGAGACUUGUAGUAAGGUGAAAUCAUCACUCAGAAUAAUCUGGGAGUAAGGUGAAAUCAUGAUACAGAACAAUCUAGGAGUAAGGUGCAAUCAUCAAACAGAACAAUCUGGGAGUAAGGUGCAAUCAUCACACAGAACAAUCUGGGAGUAAGGUGAAAUCGUCACACA